AUGCCCGCAGAACUUUCCUUCAGGGUGCAGCCCGCCGGGGAGAUAUACAAGCCAUGGACCAUUACUCGCCUUCACUUGCAGUCUACACAUAAGAAUGAGCCUUUCUUCUCACUGGUCUGCAGCUACUUUAUCACAUUUUUCCAGCUUCAACCAUCAGACUCAUUGAUCGCUCAUCACCAGCCGACUUGUCACCUCAUUUUCCUCGGACCCAUCAUCUGUACAUCAAGCAAGGUCUCUUUCAGAUCGAGCCGCUCAGGUUCUAGUCAGCAGUCAAGGCACCGAGACGCCAGCGGAAGACUCAACGAGGGCUCACAUUACGUCAAAACCUCAAGUAGUGAUCGAUCACGCGAAGUUCCCCAGGGCCGCAGCGGCUACAACCGAACCCGCGAACAUGGUCACGGUGUUUCACCGAAAGGCAGAUCCGGAUACAACUGA